UCUAUUUUAGCACGUAUGCUGAGCUGAGAGUAUUUGUAUGUGUUUCCGUUGUGCACAGCGUGACGCUUCAAAUGUCUUCAACUUAUCGCGCCACCUCAGCGACUGCAUGAAUGUUCCGUGCUAAAACGAAGCUUUUUAUCCAUCCGCCCGGGUCGGGUUGGUACCGAAGUUUUGUAGCAGUGGGUAUACAUGGAAACCAGAUAUGAAUUUAUUUGCGCUUGUGUGAGCUCCAUAGGUGUAUUAGGUUAACCUGAAGGACAAUGACGAAGUGGGCUCCUGUUUCAGACAAAGAUAAAUAUGGUGUCGCGAUCGCCAACUUUAUACAAGACGGACCACACAGAUUGCGGUUGAAUGUGGGCGACGCUGUUUACAUACAUGAAGAGAAUGAAGAUUGGUAUUAUGGCUGCUGUACCAACAGCAAAAGUAAGAAAGGGAUUUUUCCGAAGUCCUAUAUUGCUGUCAAGGACUCCAUCAUUGACAAAACUGGGCCGCAUGAAGUGGUCAUCCCCAAAGAACCACCGAUUAUUAAAGAGAUCACAUCAGUUCUUCGGGAAUGGGGGCCGAUCUGGAAGCAACUUUACCUUACAAAUCGAGUGGAGUUCGACUCUGUGAGGAACAUGAUGUACGAGCUUAUGGACUCUCGAAGGAAGAUUAUGUCUGGGACACUUCCAGUUGAUGAGCUCAGAGAAUUGAAGCAGAAAGUUACAGCCAAGAUUGAAAUGGGCAAUGCCAUACUUGACCUGGACCUCGUUGUACGAGACAGUAAUGGAAACAUCCUUAACCCGGAUGUUACAAGUACAAUCGACUUGUAUAGGGCACAUGUAGAUGCCACGAAGCGAAUCAAGCAGAUGUCAUCGACACAGCUUGACAUCACUUCUCACAAGUCAUCCAGUCACUACUGUCACAACCUGUUUGUAGUGGUGAAGAAUUUCGUGUGCCGAAUUGGAGACGACGCAGAUCUCCUUAUGACGCUGUACGAUGCAAAGGAGCAAAAAUUGAUCAGUGAAAGCUACUUUGUCCAGUGGGGAAAGUCUGGCCUCACAAAAGACUUAGACCAGCUGAAUAACCUGAGGGUCCUGUUCACUGAUUUGGGAAGUCGUGACCUUGCAAGGGAACGUGUUUACUUCAUCUGCCAGAUUAUUCGCAUUGGUGCCAUGGAACUGAAGGAAACCGACCAUAAGAGGUCUACCAUUUAUACAAGGAAAGCCACAGAGGCUGAUGGCAUGCGUCGUCCCUUUGGUGUUGCUGCUAUGGACAUAACAGACAUCAUCAGCGGAAAAAUUGAAAGUGAUGAAGAAAAGCAGUACUUUGUGCCAUAUGUUCAGUGCGGUGAAAGAGAUUUCUUGGACACAGCGAUUAAGAAAGCACUGUCCUCUAAAGAAAUCACCCAAAAGGAGCACAAGGGCCAAGGCCUUUGGAUUUGUCUCAAACUUUUACAUGGAGACAACAAGCAAGUACGAGAAGAAAACCCCCAUCUUGUGUCUGGAACUACAGCUAUGGCACGUAAAAUGGGUUUCCCUGAAGUCAUCCUUCCUGGUGAUGUGCGCAAUGACCUCUACCUGACGCUAGUGCAGGGAGAAUUUUCCAAAGGUGCUAAAACAUCAGAUCGUAACAUUGAAGUUACUGUUAAGGUGUGCAAUGAAAAAGGGGCUGUCAUUGAUGGAGUUAUCAGCAUUGGCUGUGGCUCAGAAAAUCUCAGUGAGUACCACAGUGUAAUCUACUACCAUGAAGAUAGACCUCGCUGGAUGGAGACCUUCAAGAUUGCCGUACCCAUAGAGCUUUUCUACAGUGCUCACCUGCUGUUUACAUUCAAGCAUAGGUCAUCUAACGACUCAAAAGACCGGGUAGAAAAGCCUUUUGCAAUGUCCUUUGUGAAGCUUAUGCAAGAGAAUGGAACAACACUGAAUGAUGAAAUGCAUGAACUUUUGGUUUACAAGCUUGAUCACAAACGUCAACUGGACACUACUUACCUGUCUCUGCCUGCAACUCGGGCAGAGUUCAAUGCCAUCUUGCAAGGUUCUAACUCUCCCAACGGCCAGCCAAACAAAACUGUAAUGGCAUCGUAUCAGGCAGGAGGUGCGAGCCUAUCCCUGAAAGACUCCUUUCACAUAUCAACACUGGUGUGUUCAACAAAGCUUACACAAAAUGUGGACUUACUGGGCUUAUUGAAGUGGUGGACCGUGCCAGAAAAUCUAGAGAACAACCUUGAAGCCCUUAUGAAAGUGGAUGGUGAAGAAGUCGUCAAGUUUCUACAAGACAUCCUAGAUGCCUUGUUUGAUAUUCUCAUGAAAAACUCGGACUCAGAGCUGUAUGAUAACCUGGUGUUCAAGGCACUGAUUUUUAUAAUAUGCCUUAUCUCAGACCGGAAGUAUCAGCAUUUCAAGCCUGUGUUAGACCUCUAUAUUGAGGAAAAUUUCAGUGCCACACUUGCUUACAACAAACUGAUUGUGGUGCUAAAGGACUACAUCGAUAACAUCAAAACUUCUAGAGAAGAGGACCGUACUCUGCUUCUGCAGACCAUGAAAUCCAUGGAGUACAUUGUAAAGUUUAUUGUGCACUCAAGAAAGUUAUUUGCUCAUUUGAAUGAAGGCAAAGGAGCACAACAGUUUGAACUGUCACUUGAACAGUUGCUGCGUUCUAUAACAUCAAUGAUGUUCUACAAAGAUGAUACGCUACUGCUGAUACAGGGAGCUUGCCUAAAAUAUUUCCCAGCUACAAUACCAGACAUCCUUCAUGUUUUUGAUUCAGAUCAGCUAAGUCACAUCAUCACAGAGCUUAUCAACAGUCUACCUCCAGAACGACUGACAAAGCAGAAGAUGAUGUGUGUAAAUGACAUCGUGCACAGUGAGCUGUUCCAGUUUCCAUCUUGCCGUGCAAUCCUUCUACCUGUCAUCAAUUGCCACGUGAAGUUGCUCUCAGAGAAGGAUGUGGAACAAGACUUAUGUGUCAAGAUUCUUAGUGACAUCAUGGUGGUUCUGCACUCUCAUGAUCGUUCUCUGACGAAAGAUGACAUCACAGAGAUAAUGCAGUCAAUGUUAAGGACUGUCAUCCAGACUGUUAUUCGGACUGACCGGUCACUUCCUAUUGUGGGGAACAUAGUGGCGCUCAUGGUAGCUGUGCUGCGGCAGAUGUCCAAACCACAUUACCAGGCUUACCUUGAUCACUUUGCAACGACAACUGACUUGCUUGACUUUCUCAUGGAAAUAUUGCUCGUGUUCAAAGACCUUGUCAGCAAAAAUGUCUACCCAAAGGACUGGAAUGACAUGAUUAUGCUUCAGAACAGUGUUGUCCUGAAGGCAUUGCGGCACUUCUCGCACACCAUACGAGACAGGUUUACAAAUCCUUUUGACUAUCAAGUGUGGAACAACUUCUUCCAUUGUGCAAUUGCCUUCCUGACUCAAGAUGCCUUGCAGUUAGAAAACUUUUCUCCUAACAAGAGGAACAAGAUUAUUGCAAGGUACAAGGAUAUGAGAAGAGAAACAGGAUUUGAGAUUCGAAAGAUGUGGUUCAAUCUUGGUCAAAACAAGUUUCGUUUCAUUCCUGGGAUGGUUGGCCCCUUCCUUGAAAUGACAAUGAUUCCAGAAGCAGAACUUCGGAAAGCAACCAUUCCAAUCUUCUUCGAUAUGAUGCAGUGUGAAUUUUACUCACCCCGAAAGUAUCAGCCAUGCCACCAAGAUGAAUGCUAUGUGCACAACAUGGAAAUAAAGGGGAACUUCCAGGAGUUUGAGAAUGAGAUGAUCACCAAGUUGGAUGUGCUGGUUGAAGGUGGUAGGGGCGACCAGCAGUAUCAAGAUUUCUUCCGGGAAAUCCUGUAUGGUCUUUGCGAGAACCACAUAGCACUGCAUGAGCCAGGGAUCAAGUUCAUAAGAACUGUUGUGCGUCUUAUGAAGAGACUUCUGGAAUAUCGUAUCAUAAUUACGGAUGAGAACAAGGAGAACCGAAUGAGCUGUACAGUAAACUUGUUGGAAUUUUACCAUGAGAUCAACAGACAAGAGAUGUACAUUCGAUAUUUGCACAAGCUGUGCGACUUGCAUUUGGAAUGUGACAACUAUGUGGAGGCUGGGUUCACCUUGCAGCUUCAUGCUCGGCUUCUGCGAUGGUCAGAAGAGAGCCUUCCGAGCUUGCUGCGUACCGCCAAGCUGCCGCACUGUGUCACACAUAGAGAACUCAAGGAGCGGCUCUACUAUGAAAUCCUCGAUCAUUUUGACAAGGGCAAGCUGUGGGAAGCAGGCUUAGCCCUUUGCAAGGAGCUGAUGGCUCAGUGUGAACACGAGACAUUUGAUUAUGCUCAGCUAAGUGCACUUCAUGCUCGAAUGGCUACGUUCUACGACAACAUAGUUCGCCAACUGCGUCCAGAGCCUGAGUACUUCCGGGUUGCCUAUUAUGGCCGUAACUUCCCAGCAUUUUUGCAGAAUAAGGUGUAUGUAUACAGAGGCAAGGAAUAUGAACGCCUGAGCGAUUUCAGCAGCAGGCUGCUCAACCAGUUCCCAAAUGCGCAGCUUCUGAAGACACUUAAGCAACCCGGUGAAGAAAUAACAGAGUCAGAUAAUCAGUACCUCCAGAUAAACAAAGUGGAUCCCAUCAUGAGCGAUCCACAGCGCUUCCAGAACAAACCUGUUCACGAACAAAUCCUGAAGUACUACAAGGUGAAUGAAGUGAGCAAAUUCACAUAUUCCCGGCCCCUCAGACGUGGAGAGAAGGACUCUGAAAAUGAUAUUGGAAAAAUUUGGUUGGAACGGACUACACUCGAAACGGCAUACAAGCUGCCGGGAAUCUUGAGGUGGUUUACAGCAAUUCGUGCCCGCACUGUGGAAGUCAGUCCUUUGCAGAACGCCAUAGAAACUAUGGAGUCUACAAACAACAAAAUUCGAGACAUGGUGCUACAACAUCGAGCGGACCCAACGCUGCCACUGAACCCCCUCAGCAUGCUGCUUGGCGGCAUAGUUGAUGCUGCAGUUAAUGGUGGCAUAGGAAACUAUGAGAAGGCAUUUUUCACACAAGAAGCUCUUCAAAACAACAAACUUGAUAAUGAAGGGAUUCAGCACUUGAAGGAACUAAUUGCCAGCCAAAUUCCUCUUCUGGAAGCUGGCAUCGAGAUUCACAAAAAUAAAGCACCAGAAAGCUUGCAGCCAUAUCACUCUCAUAUGCAAGAGAAGUUCAUGAAAAUGAAAGCACAUAUUGAAGAGAAAUAUGGUAAAAUGCCACCCCCUCCAGAGUUGAAUGAACACCCAAUCCUGAUCCGCCGAUAUCGUAGCAUGCCACCGCCAGCACCGCCCUCGCGGACCGAGAGGGCAGACAGCCUUAUUUUUGCUCCUGAAAGCCUUUCACUGUCGCCAAAUAAGAGUCAGUCAACUCCUACAUCGAGGGCGCUGGUGACAUCAGUGUUCGUGAAACAAAAUUCAACACCCUCAUAUAAGACACUGGGCAGAAAGGGUCGCGACAGCGCAGUGCUUACUUUACGGCGCAACUCCUCCGCCUCAAUCAGUUCUCAGCAUGAGGAAAAGUCGCAGUCACAGUGGUAUGAUUUGCCACCUCCUGCAGAGAAAACAGAAGCACCUAUAAUCGAGCUUAAUGAACAGCUGACACCACACCGGCCUCUGCGCUCAGAGGUAGAGAAAAGACAUAGUAGGCCAUCUAGUGGGCAGUUCAAGAUGCAGCCAUCUAGCCCAUCACAGCCUACAACACCAGCUAUGAUGCCUGCACCAGCAUUCCUUCAGUUUCCAAGUUCAAGCCCAAGCACAUCUCUGUCUUCAGUGGUAGUGGAUGAAGAGUUAGUUGAUCAGCCUCCACCUCUGCCACAGAAGCAGGCUUACGCUGACUACACCAAUAUGACAGAAGAUACACCAGCACUACCUGCACGAAAACCGACUUUGUACUUGUCUCCAGGUUCAAAGACUCGGCCACAGCCUCCACUUCCUGCGAAAGAAGCCAACAAUGUGACGCCACUUCUUCCAAAAAAACCUGAGCGGCCUCCUUUGAACAGGAACAGCCAACCACUGGAAGCAAUGAAGUCUCCUUCACAGUCAUCGUCAUUAGAUUUCGAUGAAAGCUGAUGCCCGCAUGUGCCAUUACUGGAAGCAAUGCUGAGAGCUGUUGCUGCUUAUUCUCACAGAUGAUUUCAUAAUUUUAUCAUUCCAUGAUGACUUCUGUGACAUCCAUAUUGCUGCAAAGGUAUAUGCUGCUACUGUAUAUGUACUAUAUGCAGCCAUUCCCUUUUUAAAAGUUUUCAAGAGAAGUGAACCGUUGUGAAAAAGGAUGAGAUGUAUAGUAUUGUGUGGUGCCCUUAUCAUCCGUAAAUUUACAUGCCUGCAUUGUCACACUGAAGGGACACAAUCUGUUUCUAUGAGGUCACACUAGAGCUAUAUAUUGUUUUUUUGAAAGUUUUAAGCGCAUACCACAUGCCAUACAUAUUGAGAGAGUUAGUUAUUUUCUAUGCAAAGGUGUUACACUCUGCUGUGUUCUUAAGUGUGUUGCUGACCAGCAAAGUGUUUGUGGCUUAUGGUUUGCAGCCACUUCAUGUGAAUGUAAUCUUAAUGUGACAAUUUGCUUGGUCUUACCAUUAUACAACUAUCCAGUUCUGCACCUGUGAGAGGCUGUUUGACCAUUCUUGUCAUACCACUGCCUUUUAGACAUCUCUAUACAGUUAACCUUGGGAAGUGUCAACAGCUCAGCUACUUCGACAUAAAUUAGAAGUGCUACAUUGCAGUGUGUGCGCUAAUUUUAUAUGAUCUCGUCUCACCGCGUAUUGUCUUUGACUUCCUUUGGGGUACGUGAUGACCUUUUUGCUACUUAGACAGUGUACUUCACAGGCUGUUGCUGGUCUUUGUGAAGCACUUCAGUAAUGAUCUUUGCUAAGUUGUACUGCUGUUGUACUGCUCCACUGCUUCCAAUUCUGGCAGUUUGACAGAAAACAGCAAAGAAAAGAGAUGGUGCAGAAUAUGUUUGAACAUAUGUAUAUUCAUAAGCUAUCCAUUUUAUAUGCAAGCAGUGGCUUAUUUCUUACUUGACCUUGCAGCACUGUUGUGACUGACCACCUUGCUCCUGCUCUAUGAACAGUUUUAAUAAUCAAUGCCAUUAUUCAGUGCUGCUUCGAUAUUUAUGCAAACAGCAUUUAAAGGCUUUACACAUUAUGCGAGUGUACAAUAGACAUAAUAAGAGUUUAUUUUGUUCAUAAGUGACGCGACUGUUAGAUUUCUGCCAUCAUAGAAAAAGGUUGUUUGUUAAAAUACAAAGUAUGCUAUAAGUUAACAGUGAUCUGUUGUAUGUUGUUUAGUGCACAUAUUGCAUAAGUAUUGAUAUAUCAUCACUGCAAUAUGUUUUUGAUAUCAGUUACUCCAAACAUUGACUGUUCUAUACGUAGUGCUGUGGCCUUACCUCCAACUUCAGAGCAUGCUCAAAUUUGACACAUAUUUGCUGAGAUGAAACCAGAUUUUCAAAUGUCAUGUGUCCACUUACUGAAGGUAUUGAAUCUAGUCUAAAUAAAGCAUGUUUCUGAAAGUUU